GUUUUAAUUGUAAGUAAUAUAUUUGAGUCUUGGAUUUUCCUAAGAAUCCUUUAGACUUGUAUUUAAUAUUUAAAAAUGCUUAUUAUUCAAGCUGCUUUAAAAUCGUUUAUCAGCAUGUUGCCUUAAGGCUCUGCAACUUUUGCCUUGUUAAAGUCAAUAUUUAAUUCAUUCAAGAGCUUAAAAAAAAGAAAAAAAAUACUCGAAAUACACCUGAUAUGAAACAAAUUAUAUCGAUAAAUAUAACGUCAACAGCUUAAAAAUAGUUCAUACGUUACUAUUAAAAUUUAUAUCUUUUCCUUCUAUUCGUAGGAUUCCAUCUGUUCUGUUCAUUUAGUGCCCCUCCUCGUCGAAAGAUUUAUUAUCGUCUAAUCUGACUCAAUAAACCUUUUUUUUUUCUUUCAUCUUGAAAGCUUUCCUUGUUUAUCUAUUAACGUGUGAUAAUAUAAAUUUGUAUUUUGUUUGAAAAGACAUCUACCUUUUUAUUUUUUCCUGUAUGGUUUUUUCUACUCUAUAUCAAUAUAUCUACCUAACCGCUUCCAGCUUGUACUUUGUGUUCAAAAGUAAUAUGCAUUACUUAUUAUUUAGCGUAAAGAAGAAAGAUUAUCUAGUUCACCAUUUUGGACCUUUAGAUUUAUUUUUGAAGAAAUUAAAAAAAUAAAAUAAAAUAAAAUAAAAUAAAAUAAAAUAAAAUAAAAUAAA